GAGGACUGAAUCAAUCACCAGAGUCCUGGAGGUCUGCGCUCCGUUUAAAUAGACGGAAUGUGGACACAAUGGGCGCCAUAUUGGCUGCGUAGCUCUUUUGUCAAUAUGUUCGUCGGGCAGUUAGACAACAGUCACUUUCUAUAACCGUGCCGCAUAAACUUCAACGAAGUCAUCCCGUGAAUCGUUUAAUGCCGUAUCCUUCCUGUUGUUAGCGCUGAUUUCACUGUUUUCACAACAUAACCAAAUGCAGAUCAUCUGAAGGAAAACAGGCCCGAUAACCAAACGACUACAGUCGUUGGCACACAGCCACAUCACUAGCCAUGUUUUUGAAAGCUGCAGCUCGUGUAGCAUUUUUGCGAAAAUCAGACGGCAACAGGCUGAAUUUUAGUUUUUAAUGUUUAACUAACUAUUAAUGAUUAUCUUAUAAAGCCGCAAGAAACCAAAACUCUUUUAUUCAGGGUAGCUUAUAGCAUGGCAGCCGUGUGGCUAGACAAUGUUAGCAACGUUUUGUCCUUGACGAAGACUCCAACAACGUUACUAGCUCGCACAGCUAGCUAGCAGUUCCUCAACGGGACAGCCCCCCGUAACGGCUGUCCAAUGUAUGACCCGGACGUCACAGGGGCCGGUUUGCCUAUCGGAGAAUGUGCUUCAGGACGAAGGCAAGAGUCAGGAGGAUCAUCUUUAAGGGCACAGCCGAGAGCUGGAAGAUGGCAAGCACAAUGGUUGUGACUCCAGACUCCAGCCACGAUAAAUCCAGCCGCUUCUAUUUGGUGACCUGGGUCAACAACCUGCUGAAGACAAACUUCAAAGAUGUGCGGCAGAUGGGUUCAGGUGCAUGUCACUGUCAGAUCAUGGACUGUGUUAUUCCUGGCUCUGUUGACAUGACGAAGGUGAAGUUUGAUGCGCAAGGUGAGGAUGACUGCAAGCACAACUUCAGUCUUCUUCUUGAGGCCUUCAGCAAGAACGGUAUCACACGGACCAUUCCAGUUGAAGAGCUCAUUAAAGGGGAUUUUAAAAGCAACUUUGAGACAAUGAAGUGGUUCAAAACUUUCUACACGGCAAACGGGAAAAAUGAAGACUAUGACCCUGUGAAAGCUCGGGACAGCCAUGAUAUCAGCCCUAUUGUGAUGUCUCCUCAAUCAUGGAGAUCUAAAAUGGAGCCUGGCUUGGAAGAGAACGGCACUGAAAAAAGGAAAACAUUUCCAUAUUCUGAGAAGUGGAAGGAUAUUUUUGAUUGGGCUGGCCAUAGUACUCUUGGAGAAAAAUAUACCUACUGCUGCUCUUGUGACAGGGACCUUAACACAUUUCAGAGAGGCCUUUUUGAACUCAGGCAACAUGCGGAAACAAACAAACACAAGAAAAUGUCUCAAACUUCCACGGAAGAUAGCCAGCAAAGCCACUGCUCUGAGCCGCUACCGUGUAGUAACGAAGCUAUUCGGUUUAUCUACAAACACUGUAACGCCGGCUCUGCUAAUGGUGAACAGGUGCCUGGCCAUUUUGCACGCCGUAAGCUGGGGUUGCAGUACCCCAAAGAUAUCACAUCUGUUUGCCAGCACACUCCUUACUGUGUGUACAUCUAUGGAGGGGUAACACUGGAAAAGGAUGACACUGUCUGUGUGAUCCUUGUUGGGUUUUUUGAUGUUGAAGCCUCCAGGCACUGCAUUCGAUUUCUGGAUGCUCUUCAGUCAGUGGGUGAUGGAGAUCAAACAGCAGCAGCAGUGGUGGAGAUGUUGAAGAAAUUUGGGUUACCCACAAAUAAUCUUGUUGCUGUUUUUUCCGAUGGUAAUGGUGCGGCGUCAGAACACAUCUGCUCACAUCUCAGGGAACUCAACCCAAACAUAGUGGCCUUAGGUGGGCUGUAUACCAUCGCUGAUGCUGCUUACCAUGCAGGGAUUAAGGAGCUCUCCAAUCAGGUUCAAGAGUUGAUGGUGGAUAUCUACGCCCAUUACUCCUCCUGCUCUACCAAGAACGACAACCUCAAGGCUCUUUUUGGCUCAGAUGUUGGCGCGGACAGUCCAUCAUUUCAUCUCAACACCAGCUGCCUUAAGUUUUGCCUGUUAGUCACGAAAAUCUUGGAAAUAUGGACAGAUCUCACAGUGUAUUUUAAGUCUUGCGACAAGAACGAUGACAAAGCCAAGUCAAUAUGUUCCCAGCUGCAGGAUCCCAAAGUCAGGGCAACAUUUAUGUUUCUUGAGCAGGCCCUGAAGCCUUUGCACAGUUUCCAAAGACAUCUACAGACACAUGAGGGAGCUGCCCGAGCUGAUAGUCUACGCAUCCUGGAAGAGGCCAGUAGCCUGACAUGCACCUACACCUCCUACUUCCUACAUUCACAAGCUGCUGUUCGCUUCCUCAAAGAGCAUGAUGUGCAGAUCCUUAAGAAUGAGAAGUUCCACCUGUCAAGCCCUCAACUCAGUCUGGGUUGGAAAGCUAUAGAGGACUUCCUGAAUGAGUCAGAUGCUUCAGGGGCAUUGCCGCUGUUAAAAGAGGAGGCUUUAUCUUUCUACAUCGCACUCACAGGUUGCAUUGCAGAGGAGCUACCUUUAAGCGAGGGGAUGUUAAAGAGCAUAGCCCAGCUGCUGAGCCCCCAGAGCAGGCUGAAAGUGACAGGAAAGGCAGUUGGGGAACUUGGGACCAAGCUGGGAAUCUGCAGCUCUCCUGAGGAGGUCAACCAGCUCACAUCUGAAUUUCUUGAGUAUCAGCUGGCCGAGGAGGGAGAGAGAGAAGAGGGAGGGAAGAACAACUCAGCAGUGCUUCCUCUGGAGGAACACUGGACCAGCGUACUGAAGGACACCAAGCUGACCUCGGUCUUCACAAGGCUUGUUUUGACCCUGUUGUCUUUCCCCCGUCCUCCACUUGAACCUCAGCAGGUUUUUGCCAAGGCCCUGGAGAGUGAAGACAGUGUGGUCUCCUCUGAGAGUACAGCCUUAACAGAAAGCAGGUGCAAAGUCACGUCCAACCGCAUGCUCUCUGACAGCAACAGCAGCAAAAACCGCCCAGUUCACUUAGUGCAAGUGAAGCCAUGUGAAGUCCGCCUUACAAAGUUAAGUCACCUAAAGAAUGAACAUUAUGUCCUGUGGAAAGAGGGGACCAGUAGGGGGAAUUUUGGCUGGGAGAGCAGCUUGCGCCAGAAGCCACAGGCCCGUACAGUGUUUCAGGCUGGUACUAGCAACUGGUCCAAACCUGUAAAUCUUGAUAAGGACAGCAAACAGGGUCUGGAGUCCGAAAAGGAGGUGGCAGAAGAGACGUCACCAUCCAGUAAACCUACACCGAGAGGACGACGGAAAGCCGCCUACCAGGAUGGGAAAGGAUUUCUGACGGGAGAACUCGUGUGGGGGAAAGUGAAGGGCUUCUCCUGGUGGCCUGGGAUGGUGAUGCCUUGGAAGACCAAGUUAGCUCCCCCGGGUAUGCGGCGGGUCGAGUGGUUUGGAGACGGGAUGUUCUCAGAGAUCUAUACAGAGGGCCUUCUGUCAUUUGGUGCCUUUACCAAGUGCUUCUGUAAAAAUUCCUUUGCCAGUUUGCCCAUCUACAGGGAAGCCAUCUUCCAGAUAAUCGAAUUGGCAGGUGAGCGGUGUUCCAAGUCUUUUGCUGAGGCAGAAGGAAAUAAAGAAAAGGAGCUGAAGCUGAUGCUGGACUGGGCUUUUGAAGGAUUUCUGCCUACAGGACCUGAAGGAUUCACGCCUCCUGAUGCUGCUGCACAACAACAUGGUUUUUCUGACUCUGCCCUCUCUGACUACCAGCCUCCAGCAAAAAGGAAAUAUGUUCUUAAAAAUAAGGCAAACGCAUCCGUCAUCACUUACAAAAGAGAAUCAAUCCCAGAAAAGGUCAAAGAGAAAGGCAAAACUAUCGAAGAUUUUUGUUUGUCUUGCGGAUCACCUGAGAUUGACGUGCAGCACCCGCUGUUUCAGGGUGGUCUUUGUCUAAAAUGCAAGGAGAACUUCUCGGAGACGCUGUUUCGCUACGAUGAAGAUGGCUACCAGUCGUAUUGCACCGUGUGCUGUGCCGGCUUCGAGGUCAUCCUGUGUGGCAACGUCAGCUGCUGCAGAUGUUUCUGUAAGGACUGCCUGGACAUCCUGGUGGGCCCGGGAACCUUUGACAGUCUGAGAGACGUUGAUCCGUGGAGCUGCUACAUAUGCAAGCCGUCGCAAUGCGUCGGAAACCUCAAACUAAGGGCGGACUGGAGCGUUAAGGUCCAAGACUUCUUUGCCAACAACAGCGCCAUGGAGUUUGAGCCUCACAGAGUUUACCCCUCCAUCUCCGCUGAUCAACGCAGACCAAUCAGGGUGCUCUCACUUUUUGACGGCAUUGCAACAGGAUACCUGGUGCUCAAAGACCUGGGCUUUAAGAUUGAGCGCUACAUCGCUUCAGAGAUUUGCGAGGAUUCGAUUGCCGUGGGCAUGAUCAAGCACAAGGGAAUGAUCGAAUAUGUCAAUGAUGUUCGUACCAUCACGAGGAAGCAUCUUGCUGAAUGGGGUCCAUUUGAUCUUCUGAUUGGUGGCAGUCCGUGUAACGACCUGUCCAUGGUCAACCCUCUUCGAAAAGGAUUAUUUGAGGGCACCGGGAGGCUCUUUUUUGAGUUCUACCGCAUAUUAACCAUGUUGAAGCCAAAGGAGGGCGACGACCGUCCGUUCUUCUGGUUGUUCGAGAACGUGGUUUUCAUGAGUGCCCACGACAAGUCAGACAUCUGCAGAUUCCUCGAGUGUAAUCCAAUUCUUAUUGAUGCAGUGAAAGUCAGUCCUGCUCACAGAGCCCGCUACUUUUGGGGGAACCUCCCUGGCAUGAACAGACCUCUUGCUACAGCACUAGAUGACAAAGUGGCCCUCCAGGAUUGUUUGGAAGUCGGACGCAUGGCAAAGUUUGACAAAGUUCGCACCAUCACGACAAAGUCCAACUCCAUAAGGCAGGGCAAGAUGGGGCCGCUACCUGUCAACAUGAACGGCAAGGAGGACUACCUGUGGUGCACCGAGUUAGAACAGAUCUUUGGCUUCCCCAAACACUACACAGAUGUGAAUAACAUGGGCCGGAUGCAGAGGCAGAAAGUCCUGGGUCGGUCCUGGAGCGUCCCUGUUAUUCGUCACCUCUUCGCUCCGCUGAAGGAUUACUUCGAAUGUGAAUAACGACUGUGAACCGAAUCUUCGUUCUCAUGUCGGAGCAGCAGUGGUGAACCUGAUGCCUUAUCCUGCCUUGCAUUUCUAGGUAGUUCAAACUCCCUUUUCCUAUUAAAUACUUAAUUUAGUAUUUUAGCUGUUUUAGCUGACUUUUAGAAGUGAACCGUAUGAGUUGUCAGUCAUCUGUGAUCCACCGUCACCAGCAGGCACCGACACUUUUCAGUUUGUUUCCCCAGGUUUCCUUUGAUAAGUGAUGGUGCUGUGACCAAACAAUAAUGUUGCUCAGAACAUGGGCCUGAAUCACAAAGCGAGAUUAGACAGUCAGUCAACUGUCUUUGGGAUUAACUCAGGUUUUCCAGCGUCUCAAAGCGGGUUCACUUUUCAUUAAUCACCGUUCUAAUCAGCAUCGAUCAAAAGGGCUCCAUGACUGACCGAUCAGCUCUUUCCACUCAGCCCAGUGAAAGAAAUAUGCAACGUUUCAGUUAGAUCAACGUUCUUCUCAGCUCUAAUGACCAAAAUUCAGAUUUUACAGUCCUCAUUUAUCCACUUCAGGCUUUAUUUUGCCUUUCCACACUUUUCCUUCACACGUGCGCACUAGAUCCGUAAUAGUUUGUUCAUCAUUAGACAAAAGCGCCAGCGUGUCACUGUUUUAAACUGCUGUACAUGUUGAAAAAGACAGCGAGCCUUAUGAAACUGUUUUUUCAGGAUGUUGGACUCAAACCCAAAGAGAGCUGUUGAACUUGCUUCGUGUUACAGGCCCCAGGUCUCUACCUCAACACUUUUUUAAUCCUGUAUUUAAUUUAUGAAUCUGAAAAAAAGAAAAAUCACGUAGAAAGAAACUCUUUUCUACAUGAUUUGUAUUUUAUAUUGUUUUAUAGUGUUAUCUUACCAGGGACUUCUAUUCUGAUCUCAUCGUGUCUGUCCUUAGCUGUGAUUAAUUUCUACAACUCAAUCAACUAACCAGGUUUUUUAUUGUGCUUUUUAAAACUUUUUUUAAUCCAAAUUACAUUCACAUCACUGUACUGCCCCAGUGAUUUUUUUCUUCCCCAAAAUGACCUCACUGGAUUUGCACAUUUUAUCUUUUUUAAGGGAAGCUAAUUUAUACAAAACCAAAACAUGAUGUGUCUUAGCUGUGCUGUCAGUAUUUCAAGUGGACUGUCUGCAGUAAGGACGGACUUAAACAUAAUGUGCCGUGUCUUCUAACAGAGGAUCAUAACUGUGGUUUUGCAGGUUUCCCCCCUUUAAUAACGUUUGACACGAAACAAACCCUUCAUCGGUUAUUUAAAGUAAUAAUCAAUAAUGAAGACAAUAGUUAUUUGCACUGUUUAUGUGUGGAUUUGGGGCCAUUGGUUGGACAACAAAAUUGGAUGACAUCACCUUGUGCUCCAUUAAAUCGUGAUGCACAUUUUCGUCGUUUUCUGACAUUUUGUAGGCUAAAGAUGACGAGCAGAUGUUUUCAUGAUUUUGUUUGUUUUGUUAAGAAUAUGAUCAGCGGUAAUUGUUUGUGUAGUGUGCACACAAAACCAAUUAUGAUCCUUUAAAUAUCAGUGAGACACGAUCUGUUUGAAAGUCUGUCAUCUGUGCUUUCCCCCUAAAUUUUGGUUUUUAAAAAAUCAUUUUUAUUAUUAUUAUUAUUAAUGUUAUUAUUAUUAUUAUGUAAUCCUCUGAAAACAUCAACAGUACUGAUCAGGUGUCCCUAAACGUCAGUUUCAUGCACACCUGUGUUUUCAUUGUUCAAACGAGUCGUGUUACCUUUACUGAAAGUUAAGAUGAUGGUGCUGCCUUAAGUUUGAAUGACUGUUAGCUUUCCUGUGGUCCACUCCUUUACCUCAUUGACUGGGACUUUGAUUCAUGAGGGUGCUAUGCUAACGGUGCUAACUUUGCAUGUGCAGUUUGGGUUUGUCUCUGUGUUUUUUUCUUAACCUCUGCUCUUCAUCGGCACCAGCUGAAAGUGAAUUUCUCCAGUAGGCUGUUGUUUUGGCGUAUGUCAAUUGUUUAAUGCUGUGUUUGUUUUUAUGAACUAAACUGAUGUAGGGUAAUAGUAGUGUGGUGUAUAGGUUGGUUGAAGACAACAAACGGCAUGUUAAGAAAAACUGAAUAAAGUGAAUGUGUGAUUUUUAUUCAA